UGUAAACAACCGAGAAGCGGACCAAGCGGCGAACACGAGCGGAGCGAAGCAUCUUUGGAGAACAAGUUUUUUACGAAAGGGCAGAAUGAGCUUCAAUACCAACUGGGAUGUGGAGGCUUAUCACACCUUCUAUGAAAGCGAAGAGCACUGGGAGCUCAAACGGGAUUUCAUUGUGGCACACAAAGACAGAAUCCCUGAGGAACGUUUAAUUUGCCUUGCACAGGUCUUCGUCAAUGUAGAGUUAUUAGGUUGUAGGUACCCAGAACAGACCAUGAAACAGGUUGCAGUUCUUGCAAAAGAUGUUGCAAAUGGCUACAGAGAAAGGAAAAAGAGCAAAUUACAACGUACUUUUGUGAAGGCUUCAGAUGCAGCAAGUGCUAAAGUGCAAGGAAGCAGAGGCCCAAAAUAAACAAAUUGAUAACUUCAAGAUGAAAGGCAAAUGGCUUGCAGAAUUUUUUUUUCCAUAAUCAAGUUAUUGCAAUUAUUCUGGUAUUUUAAUUUUACAGUGAUGUUAGGCUUUGUAAACAAGUUGAAAUUUACACCAAAUGUUUCUAGUAUUUUUCCAAGAAAAACAGCAAAAAAUAUUUUUUUUAUUAUUUUCUGUGAUAUACCAGAUUUUUGAGAUGCAACAGUAAAUAUUUCUAACCUUUUCUGUCUUACAAGUUAAGUUAUUAUACAUUUUCUUUAUACUUUAAAGAGGUUUUUUUUUUCAUAUUUAUUCUCAAUUCACAAUUUUGUACAUAAACUUUUAUAAAAUUGAUGUGAGGACAUCCUUUUUAUACAAUAUUUUCCAUGUACAUUGUAUAAUUGAAACAAAUAUAUAAUUCAACUAAUUUUAAAAGUUGUGUAGACAGUUCUCAUUGUACAAAGUGGUUCAUCUGUACUCUUAAAACUGUUCAGUGAGGUAUUGAAUCACCUACAGAGAGGAAGAAAUAGACAGAAUAAAUUUAUACUUUCAUAAAUUGUUUAGCUAAAUGAAAACUCCUUUAUGGUAUCUUGAUGCUAAAUAACAUUAUUCACAAAAUUUCAAGUUAAACAACUUUAGGAUGGUUACCUUGUUUGUGGGAGACAGUCAUUUCCUUAUCAUUUGUGUUGAUGCGGGCAAAAUAAUUUUAUACAGUCAGUCAUUUAUUUGGACAUUUAAGUUGUCCAAUUGUGAUACAAAGUAUGUUAUUAAUGUCGUAGUAUUCAUGGUUUUGAUGACACAUAUAAGCUUUGUAAGAUCUCUGAAAUCUCCAUUAGUUCUGUUGUCUGUUUUUUAGGUAAUCUAAAAUGUAUUUUUUAUUAUUAUAAUUGAUACCCAUUCUACAAUUAUUCAAUGUUUUGGUUAUAUUUUAUUAAACAAAACAGCUAUCUUUUAACCCAUUAUUGUAGUUCACUGUAGUUUUGCUUUAUUAAUCAUGUUUACAUAUAGAUGAUUUCAUCGGCACUUCAUCACCAAGGAGUCAAACUAUAGGCCUACCUAAUCUUGCAUGUUUGCUUGAUUACAUGAAAUAUCAUAUGAAAACCUUUUAUUUAUAUCAUUAUUACUAUUGUUUUAAUGGUAUUUUUAUUGGUAUCCCCAUUAUUACUAAAAUGAUAUUAACAAUAAUGUAGAUGUGAUCAGGUAGACCUAAUAAUUGACUCCUUGGUUAUUGAGGACUUGAGAGGCCAUCUGUGGGUAAAUAUCACAGUGGACAAAUGCACUUGCAGCAUGAAAGGGUUAUUAGGAAGAUUGUUUGGUUUCUACCUUUGAUUUUGUAAAGGUGUAAACAUUUUCAUGUUCUAGAUUUUGUAAGAAAGUUUCUUAUUUUCAGGCAAUUAAGUACUUUUUGCAAUGACCUCAUGUGCAUGCAUGUAAGAAUUAUUUGGAUAAUAUACAAUUAUUUGCAAU